UCACCGGAGACCGUGAAUGGCGAGAGAUGACAUGGAGGUAGAUCUACCGUCCAGCGGAGCGGAACCGCCCGGCGAGGCCUCCUCGGCGUUCCCCUACGAGGAGUACGAAUGUAAAAUCUGUUAUAAUUACUUCGACCUUGACCGGCGGGCUCCGAAGAUCCUGGAGUGUCUACACACGUUCUGUGAGGAGUGUCUGAACACGCUGCAUCUCCGGGAGGAGCGGCCAUGGCGCAUCAGCUGCCCCGUCUGCCGCCACCGAACCCCGGUCCCGGACUACCGGAUCCAGAACCUGCCCAACAACACCAAAGUCACGGAGGAUUUCCCGCUCUACAUCGACUCAGACCCCCUGCCGCAGGACGCCCUGCCGCCGUACCCCGCGCCGCUGCACCCGGCUCUCGUGGCCCUCCGCCGGGAGGAAGCGUCGGGCGCGUCCAGCGCCAGCCAGGCGACCCCGUCCACCACCGUGUCCACAGCCACGACCCUCUCCCAGGACUCGGUGCGCUACGACAGCUGUCAGAGCUGCAAGAGGGUGGCGCUGACCACCGGCUGCGUGUGCGUGAUCUUCUCCUUCCUGUCCAUGCUGGUGCUGCUCUUCAUGGGCCUGAUCUUUGUGCACAGUCACAGCAUCCCGCCCUCACCGGCCGGACCCAUCUGCCUCUCGGUCGCCAGCAUCCUGGCCAUGUUCUCGGUGGUCGUCACUUGGCUCAUCUGCUGGCUCAAAUAUAGACCGGACCACGAGACGGGCCGCCUGUCCGCCACCAGCACCUCCCGGAGGAACGCCUGAGGGGGGCGGGGUGGUCCUGUGCAGCCUGACUGCUUCUCCUGCUCUCUUUACCUUUUGUAGAAGAACUCUCGCCCCAGAUGGCCUUUAAUGAGUAUAGCAAACACCCAAAGGCCUUCGUGUUUGGAGCAAUAUGGCCGCCACCAUCUCAGAGUUAAUGCACUUGAACUUGAAGCUGAGCGGACAUCUGGACCCUCAGGCCUUCUGGGAAGUGUUUAUUCCAGGGUUUUCCUCCUCUAUUUAGGAUAACAGACAUUUCCUGCACCUUCACCACUGUAUGAUAGGCUAACCACCCAUCAGGACCCACCCAACAACAGCACUGGUCUUUGGUGAUGUUCUCUCUAUCUGAUGGGACUCGAUUUAGAUGGAGAUUUGAUCUCAGUCCUUCUAUAAGCUGCAAAGUAGAGAUGCACCAACAACAUGGCUGACGAGAAGUUCAGAAAUCAGUUUAUUUUUUAAUUUUCAACGAACGUGUCAUUGCCAUGCAGCGUAAAAAAUCUGGCAUUUCCUUGUCUGUGCAAGUGCUAAUUCAUGUUAGCUCUCACAGACCUUCAGAUAAUCCUAAUCAGACGAAAGUGUUCCAAGUUAAUAUUCUUACCCUGGCUUCCCACUGACGUGUAAGCGGCGCGUAACGUAUAGACGUGUUUUACGAGCUCCCAUUCCCACCGGAAGCGACAGCGAAAGCGUUCCAUGCAGCUGGUCCUGCGAGGUCACGAAAUGACCCAACAUCACACGCAGAUCGCGAGAUAACAAGGAGAAAGAUGGCAGCAUGUAUCCGAAAGGUCUGUGGUUUAUUUUCUGUUUCGCUAACCGUGGCUACAGAAGUUUCACAGGUAAUGAUGACCAUUAUUUUAAUAGUUGAGCAACUGGAAAUCUGCACGUGACUUUUAUAUUGAAAGUUUCUGGAGGUUUUUUUCACUGCUUUCAUGUUUGACUUUCUGUUUGACUUGAAGUGCAACGUACCUACCCUUCUAUUGAACCUGUCCAAAACACAACGAUUAGCAGCCGGUGGAAAUACACCCAUCCACUAUAACAGUGGCUAAUUUCUGCAUAGGUUACGCGACGCUUACGUGUCUGGUGGAAAGGCCCAGAUUAAAAUGCACUGGGUCAGAGCUGUGCAGGCAUCAGAAAUUGGUAUCGGCCCUUAAUAACCAGAAUCGGUGCAUUUCUACGCAUGUACAUAUUUCACAGUAACGUGUUGGAGUGUGAUUAUUCUUUAGGGACACACACACACACACACACACACACACACACACACACACACACACACACACACACACACACACACACACACAUACACACACGCACACACACACACACACACACACACACACACACACACACACACACACACACACACACACACACACACACACACACACACACACACAGCUUGUGGUUUUCAACCUGUGUUUUGUGCACAUUUGGUUUCUGCAGGUGUUUUAGUGAGGGGGGCGGAGUGUCUUUAUGUGCCUCGCCUUAUGGAGUCAUCAACCUUCAGUGUCAUCCGAAUCCUGGACUCAUUUACUAACAGGGUUUCCCCAUCUUCAGCACCUUUUUACACCUGUUUCCACGUCCUCCACAGAAGGACGGCCUGCUUCCACUUCUCUUCAAAGCCAUAGAUGGGAAUCCUGCAGCUGAGGGACACAAUCAGAGUCCCCCUGUUCUCUCUGGGAUUACCAGGAGUCUCAGAUUAGACAGCAGCACAAACCUAUGAGCUGCUCGGGUCCCUCACCUGCGGGGGACACAAGCAGCUCAGGGUUUGUCCCAUAUUUAAGCCCUUGGCUUUGUCAAAUAACAAGAAGUAGCUUUAGGCUUAUGUAAAAAUAAAUUAUUCAAAAUUAAAAAACAAAAUUUCUAAAUGAAUAAAGACAACAUGAAGAUGAAGUUGAACCACACAAAUAGGGGUGAGCCUAUUUCUGAUUGUCUGUUCAGAUUUCAGUUAAAUCAGCUUCGGUCAACUUUCAGCCUUUUUACUUGUGACGGGCCUAAAUAUGUCCAAGCUUUCUGAGGGAUCUAAACUUGAAGUUGCAGCACUUAUUGGACAGUUAGGCGGCGGUGAUGCUGAAUGUUUAAUGUUUUUAGUCAUCACCUCUCUAACUCGUGGUUUGGACUGAUCUGUGGUCAGUGUGAUAGCCUACAAUCAUCCUGCUGAACCCUUUCCCUGCUUCGAUACGAUGCACUUUCAACCUCUUAUUUGACACAAGUAACGGGGUAAAAACCUUUGACCAAUGUAAGCUUGUUGUAUUUAUUUCUGAGAAGCUACAGUGUUUGUUUUUAUGAAAAUCUGUGGUUGUCGGUAGCUGUAUCUGCACACAGGAGCGCUCUGCUGCUUCACAGACGGAAACACGUUUCAGUAAUAAAGGGAACAUGGACACCA